CAACAGGAUCCGCAGCGUGAACGGGAGCCAGCUGAAGGCCUACCUUUCCUUGGAAGUAUUGGAUCUGAGUUCGAAUAAUAUCACGGAAAUCCGGAGCGCCUGCUUUCCCCCUGGACUGCACAUACGAGAGCUCAACCUGGCCAGCAAUCGCAUCGGCACCCUGGAGUCGGGAGCAUUCGAUGGCCUGUCACGGUCGCUGCUGACUCUUCGCCUGAGCAAAAACAGGAUCACCCAGCUUCCUGUAAAAGCAUUCAAGUUACCCAGGCUGACACAAUUGGACCUUAAUCGGAAUCGGAUUCGGUUGAUCGAGGGCCUCACGUUCCAGGGCCUGGACAGCUUGGAGGUGCUGAGGCUCCAGAGAAACAACAUCAGCAAGCUGACGGAUGGCGCUUUCUGGGGGCUGUCCAAUAUGCACGCGCUACACCUCGAGCACAACAACCUGGUGGAAGUGAACAGCGGCUCCCUCUACGGCCUCACGGCCCUGCACCAGCUGCACCUCGGCCACAACUCCAUCUCGCGCAUCCACCGCGAUGGCUGGAACUUCUGUCAGAAGCUGCAUGAGUUGAUCCUGUCCUUCAACAACCUCACGCGGCUGGACGAGGAGAGCCUGGCCGAGCUGGGCAGCCUGAGCGUCCUGCGCCUCAGCCACAACUCCAUCAGCCACAUCGCCGAGGGCGCCUUCAAGGGACUCAAGAACCUGCGCAUCUUGGACCUGGACCAUAACGAGAUCUCAGGCACAAUAGAGGACACCAGUGGCGCCUUCACAGGCCUCGACAGCCUCAGCAAGCUGACUCUGUUCGGGAACAAGAUCAAGUCCGUGGCUAAGAGAGCGUUCUCGGGGCUGGAAGGCCUGGAGCACCUGGACCUGGGAGAGAAUGCCAUCAGGUCUGUGCAGCUGGACACCUUUAUCAAGAUGAGGAAUCUUAAGGAGCUCCACAUCAGCAGUGACAGCUUCCUGUGUGACUGCCAGCUCAAGUGGCUGCCUCCAUGGCUCGAGAGCAGGACACUGCAGGCCUUUGUGACAGCCACCUGUGCCCACCCAGAGUCACUGAAGGGCCAGAGCAUUUUCUCAGUACCGCCGGAGAGUUUCGUGUGUGACGACUUCCCAAAGCCACAGAUCAUCACCCAGCCGGAGACGACCACGGCCGUGGUGGGCAAGGACAUCCGGUUCACGUGCUCGGCAGCCAGCAGCAGCAGCUCCCCAAUGACCUUUGCCUGGAAGAAGGACAACGAGGUUCUGGCCAACGCCGACAUGGAGAACUUCGCCCACGUGCGCGCGCAGGACGGGGAAGUGAUGGAGUACACCACCAUCCUGCACCUCCGCAGGGUCACCUUUGGCCACGAGGGCCGCUACCAGUGUGUCAUCACCAACCACUUUGGCUCCACCUACUCUAACAAGGCCCGGCUCACGGUGAACGUGCUGCCAUCAUUUACCAAAAUGCCUCGGGACAUCGCCAUCCGGACUGGCACCAUGGCUCGCCUUGAGUGUGCGGCCACCGGCCACCCCAACCCCCAGAUUGCCUGGCAGAAGGACGGAGGCACAGACUUCCCUGCGGCUCGGGAGCGUCGCAUGCAUGUCAUGCCAGACGACGACGUGUUUUUCAUCACUAAUGUGAAAAUAGAUGACAUGGGGGUUUACAGCUGCACCGCCCAGAACUCGGCAGGCUCUGUGUCAGCGAAUGCCACCCUGACUGUCUUAGAGACCCCGUCCUUGGUGGUACCCUUGGAAGACCGCGUGGUGUCUGUGGGGGAGACUGUGGCCCUCCAGUGCAAAGCGACCGGCAGCCCCUCCCCCCGCAUCACCUGGCUCAAGGGGAACCGCCCCCUGAGCCUCACUGACAGGCACCACUUCACCCCGGGCAACCAGCUGCUGGUGGUGCAGAAUGUGGUGGUGGAGGACGCGGGCCAGUACACCUGCGAGAUGUCCAACACGCUGGGCACGGAGCGCGCGCACAGCCAGCUGAGCAUCUUGCCCACGCCUGGCUGCAGGAAGGACGGGACCACCGUGGGCAUCUUCACCAUCGCCGUGGUGUGCAGCAUCGUCCUGACGUCGCUGGUGUGGGUGUGCAUCAUCUACCAAACCAGGAAGAAGAGCGAGGAGUACAGCGUCACCAACACAGAUGAAACCAUUGUGCCACCAGAUGUUCCAAGCUACCUCUCUUCUCAGGGGACCCUUUCUGACCGGCAAGAAACUGUGGUCAGGACUGAGGGUGGCCAUCGGGCCAACGGGCACAUCGAGAGCAACGGUGUGUGUCUGAGAGAUGCAGGCCUCUUCCCAGAGGUUGAUGUCCACAGCAUCACGCGGAGGCAGCCCAAGCUCUGCGUUGGGUACAGUAAAGAGCCCUGGAAAGUGACAGAAAAAGCCACUGGGACACCUGGUCCACCUAAGAUGGAACCCAGUGGCCCUCUGGUGUGCAGUGACUGCAAUGCUGACGUGGACAGUUACUCCAAGGAGCAGGCCCCCCACCCUCAGCCCACAUGUAGGGACAGCACACAGCCAAGUGCACUGCGUGGCCAGGAUCCCAGCCAGGGCGACCGAGGUGACUCUCCACAUCAUCCUCACUGUGGGGCCGGGGACGGGUCCCUCUACCCCAGCAACCACGACAGAAUGCUGACAUCCUUGAGGAAGCCGGCGGUGUCCCUAGAUGGAAAAGGGGGCUCCGCCUGGACUCUAGCGAGGCUGUGUGACGCGGACCCCGCAGACCUGCAGCCCUGCCCUGCGUUCCCUUCAGGCAGCACGGAGCUCCCGGAGGCCUCCUUGGCCUUUCCUGCUGUCCCCUGCGAAGCCCAGCACUUGCUCCUUUCCAAUGGCCACCUCCCCCAGGCGUGUGACUCCAGUCCAGAGUCCACACCACUGACAGGACAGCUCCCUGGGAAACGGAGGGGACCACUGCUGUCGGCGCCCACAAGCUAGGCUCUGUCUACCUCAGCUCUUGUCACACCAGUGUCCACGGGAAGGAGAGGCAGGAGAGGCCGAGAGGCGGCCUGGGGUCAGCGUCGCUGAGCUGUACAUAGUUGUCACUUCCGUGUGGAGCAUGAGCCGGGCAGAGGACUCGCAUCUGAAGCACAGAAAUGCAAGAGGCUAUUUGUGUACAAAAGGCAGAAAAAGUAUUUGAUACGGUUGUACAUAAGAGUUUCCAGAGAUUUCCUAUAUAUUAUAUAUCUUUGACAGAGGCUAUUUUAAUCCUUAGUGCAUGGUUAACAACAGAACUAUACAAUUUUGACAAUAUUAUUUUCCUAUCAGGUUGCUGUUUCCUUGGAGGGGGGUUGGUAAUAGUUCUGAUGCCUUAGUGCAUGGUGGGAAUUUAGAGACAAAAGCCACAUUUGUUUCCCGAGGCUCCUGUGUGGGUUUGGAAGGACGGGGAGUCCUUGGUGUUGUGUGCCCUUCGCAGUCACGUUCGGCCUGCGUUGGUGGCUCCUGCAAUGUGCCUUUGCCGUGAGGGGCUUUUCCCUGGAGGCUGCUUCUUUGAGGGGUGAAGGUUGCUAAUCCACCACAAGCCAUGGGUCAGGACAGUAGGCCUUUCUCCCUUCUCUGAAGCUCACUUUUUGUUAAAAGCAAAUGUGGUCUUGUCCGUGUCGCCAGAUUGUUAGCUGAGGCUUUUUAUUAAGGCAAAGGCUGCUGGUGUUGGUACCUGUGGAUUUUUCAAUAGUGACGUUUUAAUUCUGCCAAUAUAAUAUUACAUUGGGGGUAAAAAAGAUUAAGUUCUCACUUUCCAGGGCUAGCUCAUGUCUACUGAGGAGCCUGAGCAGGCCCGUCCACGCCCUCUCCUCACACAGCGGGGACUGGGCAUGGACUUCGUCAGAUUUAGCCCUAGAUCUGGGUGUGUUUGCACUUUUGAGACCUGUAGCUAACCGUCUUGUGAGUGCCAAUGUGUAAUUCACUGAAAAUUACAUUGAAACAAAUAAGGUCCUUAAAAAAACUCAAAGUACAUUUCUUUAGCCAAAAAGCUGAAGGGAGAUAUUAGCCAAAUGGCUACCUGUGUCAGAUGUUCCUGUCAGAGGUCAUCAUUGUUCCAGAAGGUAAGCACAUUUAGUUUUGUCCUCAACGGUUAACUGAUAAAUGUUACUUCCACAAAAUAUGUGAAUUUGCUGCUUCUGAGAGGCAAUGUGAAAGAGGAAGUAUUACUUUUAUGUACAAAGUUAUUUAUUUAUAGAAAUUUUGGUACAAUGUACAUUGAAAACAUGUAAAAUAUUGAAGUGUCUAACAAAUGGCAUUGAUGUGUCUUUAAUAAAGGUUCAUUUAUAAGUGUUGAGCGUA